AAGAACAGAAGAACCGUAGAAGGAGCUUCUCAUAUAGAAAAUCCAGAUUGAUGCCUUAGCUAAUAUUAUCAAAUAAUAAUCUCUGUGUUUGGUAGUUCAGCGGAUUUCCAGCCAUGGAGUUGUCGGAAAUAUUGUACAACAAAGCGGAGUACAUUGAGACGGCUUCUGGCAACAAAGUGAGCAGACAGUCGGUGCUAUGUGGGAGUCAGAACAUCGUCUUGAAUGGCAAAACUAUUGUUAUGAAUGACUGCAUCAUCAGAGGGGACCUGGCUAACGUCAGGGUGGGCAGACACUGCGUAGUGAAAAGCCGGAGUGUUAUUCGACCACCUUUCAAAAAGUUCAGCAAAGGAGUGGCUUUCUUCCCACUGCACAUCGGCGAUCACGUCUUCAUCGAGGAGGACUGCGUCGUCAAUGCAGCACAGAUUGGUUCCUACGUCCACAUUGGCAAAAACUGUGUUAUAGGUCGCCGUUGUGUCCUGAAGGACUGCUGCAAGAUCUUAGACAACACCGUGCUUCCUCCUGAGACAGUGGUGCCACCUUUCACUGUCUUCUCUGGAUGCCCAGGUUUGUUUUCAGGAGAGCUCCCAGAGUGCACACAGGACCUCAUGAUUGAUGUAACCAAGAGUUACUACCAGAAGUUCAUGCCCCUCAGCCAGAUAUGAGUCCCACUCUCAAAAUCUCAGCCAGGAUGUCUUGGGGGCUCUCAUCAGACUCUUAAGAGCUCACCUUCUGUCUGUCAUCCACCUGAGGCCUUGAGUUUCACUGCCUAAGAGAAAAACAUCAAGUAUAAAAAUCAGACACAGCUGCAUAAAGCUACUGCAUGUUGGCAGCUCCAAAUUUAAUAGAAAUUAAAAGCUACUUUCGGCCACUUAUCACAAGAGGUCUCCACAGUUUUAAUCGUCUUUGAAAUCCUGUUAGAUGUUAUUCUGAUGCUUUCCCCUGUCGCUGCAUCACGGAAGAAACUCGAGGACCUCGGUGUGGCUUCUGAUAAUCGCCGUCUUUGCCCUGUGGCUCUCUGGGAGCAGCUGCGGGUGGGGAUGAAGAGGUGGAGGAGUUAUGAAGGAUGUGGGAACACGGCGGACCAAAAUGGUAGCAACACUACUUCUUUGAGGACAUUGGCUUAACAUGCGUAUCAUUCAUAUCAACAGAAGAAAGAUUCAUUUUAUUUUGUUGUCAGCAUCAUUUUCCAGGUGCUUGUUUGCUUUUUCUCCCUUGCUGGCCAAUAUAAAGUGUCUGAGUAUUUAAAAAUAGUUUUUAUGUUUAAAACAAACAGCUGCAGUGGUCGUUUAAUUUGCUGUCGUUGCUGCUUUGCUUCUCCCAUUUUUUUGUGAGACCACCUCAGAAAUAUUGAAGCAUACGAAUAAAUGUAAAUGACUGAAAAACCCAAAUACGUCUCAAUGGUGUUAACUUGAACUUGGAUUAUAUAUUAGUAAGUGAGCUUCUUAAAAGUAUUCUGCCACAAAAAUGCAAUUUAUUUACAUAUGUUUUCUGAGUAAUCGCCAGAUUUGUUAGGUCUUAGAGAAGUGCACAGUAGGCUCAUAUUUCUAUGGUUUCCUGUUGAUCAUCUGUAAGAAAAAGUAAUUUUCUUCUGCCUCCCCCUAGUGGUUGGUACCGAGCCUUUGGAAGUGACGUUGCAAUCAUUUCAGGAACAGCUCUGUUCUUUUUUGGGGAAUCUGGGCUUUUUUUUUUUUUUGUUGCCUUUAUUAUAACAAGCAGGGGGGAGAUGCAGCAAAUGACCCAGGGUGGAUUUGAACCCAGGCCACAGCAUGUGCCUCAGCAUAUAGGCCAUCUGCUCAACCCAGUGAGCUUAAGAGUAGCGAGUGAAAACUGGAAAAAAGUUCAGCCCAGCUGCUUCACAGGCAGUUUCCAAACACCCAAAUUAACACCUAUUAACCUGCUCCUCAUUUGUGUUUAAGAAAAAAACUGUUUCAAUACUGGGACUUGAACAGUUCAUCUUGGUGUUUAUUUCCUGAUUGUUGUAGAUGAAGUUAAAAAACUGCAAACUGGCAGAAAAAAAAAAGAAUGCCCCAGAAUGAAACAAACGGCAUAAACUUUACAGAUAAAGUACAACACGAAA